AUGAGUUAUGACCAUUCUCAGCAAAAAGAACAUUUAUGCCGGGUUGCAUUUCAGGGAACACUAUCCCAUAUUUGUAUACAUAAACGUAUAAAGGCAAUCCCUGAGGCCGAACGGCAGCGGGCCACCGGGCCAAAGGAUACCAUAGGCACCAUUUUGUCACAGGGCCCAAAAUUGAUCAUGGAUAAAGGUAAGGAGACCAGUUCAAGCUACCAGCAAAGCGGCCCUUUGGAGUUGUCCUAUAACAGUCUUCGGUGUCGUUGGUCGAUUACUUAUGAUAUUGGUACUAUUGAAUCCAGCGACGAUCAUAAGAUGGAAACGAAUCGUCGAUGA